GAUCAGUCAUGGUUAAAGAAACUUUACGUGACUACUACUCACGCUAAGGUUCCAUCUUCUUCCAAUAAUUGAACGACACAAUCGCCGAGUUGGAGUUCACUGCAUUGUUUUUUUCUCAAUAAAAUUUCUCUACGUCCACGUUCGAUCUUCUAAACGAAAAAAAGUCUUCCUUACAGCAAUGUAGACUUGACAAAAUGACGUUUCUACGGACCAACAAUACGUCAGAAUGUUUACGCGUAUGAUCACUCGAGGGCGUUUAUUUAGCCAAUAGGGGAUGAAUCGUUCGUUCUGUAUCGUGCGUUGUGCAUUGUGUAUAUAGGAAUUUCUUUCGUAACAAAUGUAUCGAGAAUACGAACCGGGAAUAUGUUGAAAUAAACGUGGAUUUACCUCUAUACUGAUAUCAGCUUGUUUUAUUCUUCAAACAAUUCCACCAGUUCUAGAUUCAUCGGACAAGUGGAAGUGUACAUUACGCUGUGCACCACGUGCAUUCUUUCAAUGAAGACGCCACGUACAGAAAUUUCGAAAAUGUAUCGUAAUAUUACUUAUAUAGAAUCAACGAGGUUGUAACAGUUUCAUUUAAUUGUACAUUUUUAUUUGAUUCUUUUGAUGCUUUAGUAUGAUAAUAUUGUGAACCAUAUGACUGUAACUGGAGCCUCGAUCGAAAUGAACAACGAGGUUAUUUUAUUAAGGCGGUACGCCCGUCAAGCACGCAUUUGUGUGAUAAAUAAAUUGAUUAGAGAGGCUAAAAGACUACAAAUCAAUCGUGGUAACGAGAGAAGCGUAGAAAAAAAGAAGAAUAAGGCGGAGAAAUGUUUAAGGGAGGUGUCAGCGUUAAAACGCAUUAAGGACGAUGAAAUAUCGAAAUUUGGAAUUAUUCAUUCCGACAAUUUGCAGAUUAUAUUGCAGAAUUCAGAAACCGACGAUAGGACUCGAGCCAUGGUAAAAGUUGUUCGUUACAAAUGUUUAAACACAAAAAUAACAGAAUUUUUAAAGAACUUUCCAAACGCUAAAGAAUAUAUUUCUCGCGACAAAAAGAAACAUUCGUCGAGAAAGAGAAAGGCGGAUUCUAUGGAUAAACUUGAAAAAAAUUUGAAACAAGUGCCAAAUAAGAAAAAUGAUUUAAAUAGUCGGCUAACUAUGAAAGGUACGAUAGGUAAAGAAAUACCAUUGGAACAACUAAAGGAGCACGACAAGGAUAGAAAAUGCGAAGGUAAUAGCAAUAAAGUCAAUGACGAGAACUCGGAAACCAUUACCAAAAUUGUAAGCAAAGAAGCUACGGUCAAGAGAUUUACAGAUAUUUUACAAGAGUCGAGUGUGUCGAGAAUAAACGAUGGACACAAAGAGAAUAAUAAGCAGUUUUCUCCGAUACCUGCAACAAUUACCGGAGGAGAUGAUUUUUUCUUAAAUUUUAAGAAGGUUGCGUCGGACGUACACACUCCGGUGUUACCACGAGAAAAAGGUGGCGAUACUAUGUCAACGAUAGAAAAGAAAUCAGUAGUCCGGUUCCAAGAUAGAAACGUGAAACGUAUGUUUUCUAAAAACGAAGAGAAAGCAAGGAAGAGGAACGACAAAGAACAAGACGUAAGGAAUAAGGACGUUUCGUACCAUCGACAUAACGCGAAGAAAGGAAACGCAAUACCAUGGAAGCAAAAGAAACAAGAAGCUUCAGAGAUGAAGCAAACGUUUGGACGUAGAAACUUUGAGCAGAGAAAAUUGUUGAAAACUGAAAACGAAAAUGAAAAUGAAAAUGAAAAUGAAAAUGAAAAUUUGCAUCCUUCAUGGGCAGCAAAGAGGAAACUACAAAAUAUAAUGAAAGGAGGUUUUCAAGGAAAAAAGGUUCGGUUCGAAGAAAAUUAAUUAAACGAGUUACAAUACAUCCGUGUUAAAAUUAUUAUUUAUUCUAUAAUAUAUUGGAAAUUGCCGAGUCACUCUAUGUGAAUUUUUCCCUUGUAUCCAUUGAGAAAAGAAUGGCAAGAAAUCGAAUUUCGUAGAAAUAUGAAAUCUAUUGAAAUCAUAUCGAAAUGUAUUCAAAUCAAAAGCUUCACGAGUUGAUCAAUUUUUUUAUUGAAAUAUUGAUUUCAUUUAUAAAUUUGUACAAAAUGGUUGUGAAAUUUGCAACGAUAAUAAAACCGACCUUCAAAUACGAGUAAACUGCAACUGCGUCCAGCGCUCACGUAUGGUUUACAAGUAAAUUUUAGCCAGUUUAAAUUCGACGUUUGCGAGUAUUCGUUGACCGUGGCAGUAAUCCAUCGGGACAUGUAUUUCACGAACGUUUCAAACGUUAUUACGUAGUAAAUUGUUUAAACGAUCGACACGUAAGAGGUAGUUGUUGAAAUAACUUAUUUGAUCGCAGUCGAUGCUGGGGUAUUUCGUAUAAAGUAGAUUAUAUUUGCUAUUCCGUAGUAAGGAUAAAGUAAAAGAUAGAAGAUGAAACACGUCGAGUACCGAACGCGCGCGGUACAGAUAUGUUUUCUCAUCCGAAUGAUAAAAUUCUAUACCGCACAUUUUCCUCGUAUCACCGUAACAACUUCUUUCAUUUACAGUAUCGAGAGUGUUCGCGCUUUCUUUCCCUCGUCUUUUCAAUCGAGAGUUCCA